AUGAUUAUAAAAUCAGGAAGAGAGAGAAAUCUUUAUUACUUAAAGGCCUUUAUUUCAGGGCCAUGUCCCGAUUAAAAAUUUUUUAACUUUCUUCUUUUCCUAAAAUCUUUGGAUAAAAUUUUAGUAAAAUUUUCUGAACCCACGUAAUCCGCGAUUUUUUCGAUUUCUGAGUCUGAUAUGAAUUUUCUAUUUCUGAUGAAAUUUGAAUCUGAUCUAAAUUUUAUUUUCCUGAUAAUGUUUGAUUCUGAUAUCAAUUUUAUUUUUCUGAUAAAAUUUUGAAUCUGAUCUAAUUUUUAUUUUUCUGGUGUCCAGGAUUUUCUUAUCGAUUGUCUUCUUAUCAUCAAUGAUCACCUCAGUCUUCCUAUAUUUGAAGGUUUCCUGAAUAGGAUCUAUUUCAUCUAGUAUUUUUUUCCAUCUAAACGACUUAAAAAACUCCAAUAUUUUGUCAUCUGUAUCAACAUUUUCUGUAUCACUAUCAUUUCAUUCAUACUCUGAUUCAGAAUUAUCAAGUAAUCCUGUAUCAAUAAGUUCAUUUAAUAGUAAAAGUUCGAAAAAUUCAUCCUGUAAAGCUCCGUUUUCUUCACAAAAGGAAGAAGAAUAGGAAACAUUACUUUCCGAAUCUUCCAUUAAAAUAAAAGUAAAUCAGGAAGAAGAUUCAUCCAAGAACACUCACUUGACAAAACCAAGAUCGAUUUAAUGCUCUCUAGGCUCAGAGGCACUCUCAACCAAGUCAAUCCAAAAGAUUUAAAGAAUAUUUUCCAUAUAGACUACCGAAACCUUGCAACCACAUCAGAUCUGACGCUAAAAGAAUCUUCUCAAUCGAGGCUAUCUAAGGCGCAGCAAGAGUUUCUCAUAAAAUCUGUUGCAGGCUUUAAUAGCACAUUUCCAGAUUCUGAGCGAAUUAAGCCUGAGCUGGACUCUUUUGGAGGUCGCGAGGGUAAUAUGAUAAGUCACAUUGAUCAUUUUUUGAGGACUAUGGUACUAGUAGGAUAUAAUGAAGGAAUCACUAUUAACAAAGAAGAACCAAUAUUUCUUAGCAGCGGGGAAAAGAAGGGCAAAAGUGACUAUGUGAUUAAUCGAGACAACACACCUAGAAUUGUGCUUCGAUUGAUCCGUAAAGAAGACAGGAAAAUCAGGGGAACUGAUCCAGAGCUUGCCUUUGCAGCAAACAUAUUUGAAAUGUAUGCAACUUAUUGGAAGAAUCCUAUUUGAGAUGUAUAUGGCUGCAUAACAGAUCUCAACUCAUGAAAUUUUUGCAAGUUUGAUGGGAAUGAAUUUCACAGAUGCAGUAAGACACAAAAAUUGGUUUUGAGCCCUCCUUCAAUAGUUGCACUUGCCCUCAAGUUUAUAGAUAUAAUUGAUCCUAGUAAAGAAUAA